AUGUUUUUAUCAUUCAAUCUUUUCAUUGCACUAGCACACGUCAUGCUGGCUGUCGCCCGGCAGCCUGCAAGCAGAUACCAAGAUCUCACUGGCCAACACGAUACCUGUCGCUUGGCAUCUACCCCAGUCCAACAUCAUCGAGAAAACGCUGAGCCAACGCCCCAACCUACCGGUCCUUCAUCUACCUCGACUACUGUGCAUAUAACCAGCUUGAAUGAUUUUGCACUUCUACUUCCUCCGAGAGAUGGAGAGCUUAUAUCAGACGCGGAGAGUGACGGAACGGCGUAUUGUACCGAUGGAUCUGGCUGCCAGAACUCGUUUCCGGCAGGCUUCAUUACUGGCGCUAAUAUCUCCCGGGCCAGUGAUGGGUCCUAUAUCCAGAUCACCGGAUGCAUGGACCCCAGCAAGUUUCACUUUGCCCAAGGAGAUGAUGGAGGCCAGAUGGAUGUUCGGUUUCCCAACGGCGCGCAGUGCACGUACGGGGGAUAUGGCGCAAGCUUUAUUGAGCAGGUCGAACCCUCCGCCAAUCGUUUCUGCCUUCGUUGUUGUGCGUCGCCGAAUGACCAGGUCAACUGCAAUUCGCAUAAUGACAAAGCUGGGUGUCCUAUCGCUGUUCCCGGCACGUACGAGUUCCCUGGAGUGAGCUGCUUAUAA